AUGAAUAAGCUGUUUUUUUAAUAAGAUUAAACUGAAGAAUUCAAAACUAUUUAUGAAAUAAAAUUUAAGCAAUAAAAUUGGCCAGAUGUAGAAAAAUCAUUUAUUAUCAGCAGCGAGAGGCUAAAAUAUAUUGAAGAAUCCAUUCUUUGGAAAAAUUAACAAGCAAUGAAGAACUUAAAUAAAGGAAAUAAAUAAGACGCUAUCACUCUCUUGAAAGAAGCAGAACGCUAGCUUUUUGAUGAGUAUAUUAAAGAUAAAUAUAAUAUAAGAAUAAACAGAUUAAUAGGUAUAACCUUAAAUAACCUAGGAUGUUAUUUUUAAAAAGAUGAAAAGCCUUAAGUAGCUCUUAAGUAUUUAUAAAAAGCUCUUGAAAUAGAGACUAUUUCUUAAAAUGAUUUUUCAACACUAUCUGGAACACAUUUAAAUAUUUGUGCUAUACUAUCAUCUCUGGGAAAACAUCAAGAUGCCAUUAAACAUGCAAAAGCUGCCUUGUAUUUUGUUCAAAAGGCUAAGUAAGAGAUUUUAUAAGACUAAGAAACUUAAGAAAAUUUUAAUUCCUAAAAUGAAUCUACGAUUCUACUUCAAAAGUUGAAAACUUAGAUAGUUGAUUUAGCAGUUAGCUUGCAAAAAUCUUCUUACAAUAUUUACACAACAGAAAUUAUAAGCUACUAUAACUUAGGUAUUGAAUAUUAACAUUUAAGAGAUUAUAAAAAGAGCUUACAUAUGCUCAAAGCAGGCUACAAUAUUGCCUACAAUUAAUUUGGUAUUCAAAAUCCUCUAUGCAUCAAAAUGGAAGAAGCAGUAAGAAUGGUAGAGUAACUCUUAAGCAAAGUGAUGGCUAAAGUUCAUAAAAAAAUGUAUAGAAACUCCUUUAUUGGCUUAAUUGCAUCUAAUCAACCAGAUUUAAAAUCCAGUAAUAACUCCUUUAUAAAUAUUAAAGCUGAUAUUUUAGAUAAUUCAAACCAAAACAAUAACAAUGAUGCAAUUUAUAUGAACAGCAAUUUUAAAUCUAUUGACAACAUACAAUUAUCUGAAAAUAAUAAUAUUCCUUCAAGCAGAUAAAGAAGCCAUUCUAAUAACUUAACUUACAGAUCAAGACCAAAAUUUAAUUUAAAGCUUCCUAAUCUAAAUAGCUCAACGAUAGAAGAUUAAUCUAGAAAUGAAUCUCCAUACUUUAACUAAACAAAAAAACCUUUAAUACAAAAAUAAGAGAAUAUUUAACCUUCCCCAUAUGAUAAAAAAGUCUAUUCAAAAUAAGAUUUAGAAACUGGUAUUAAGCAAGCAAAUUAGAAAACUAUUAAUACUAAUAAAAAUACAUUAGAUACUAAAAACGACCACCAAGAAACUAUUUUUGCUUAAUUUAUCAGAAAAAAAUAAUAGAUAGGCACUCCAACACAAAAUGAAUCUAGUAAUUAUUUGAGAGCAAGUUCUUUUGAAAAUAUUAACUCAGAAAAAAGCUAGUAGUUUAUUUCGUUGAUACUUAACAAUAUGGAAACAAGAAAUAAUUAGAAUUUAAAUGAGUAGACUCAAGAAGACUGGUAAGAAAAUCUAAAAAGGCUAUAAUUUUUAAAAGUAGAUUCUAGUACUUAGACAAAUCAAUUUAAUAAACUAAAUAACAAAUACUAAAGGUCUCUAUCAACAAACCCUCGAAGCAAGUAAUAAAAUAUUAAUUAGACCUCAACUUUAGAACCUUUAAAUAUAAAUUAUAACAAAGAAAUCACAUACAAUCAAAAUUAAUAUUCAAAAACUCCAAAUAACUAACAUAAAAAUUAAUAAAAUAUGUUAAAACAAUUAGAAGAACUCUAUGAAAAAAAAAAUAUUUAGCAUAUAAGAACUAAAUUAAAUAGUUACUCAACAAAUUCUUAAAUAUAAAAUCCUAAUCUAGAAAACUUCACAAUUUAAUCUCCAAAAGGGAUAAAGACAAAACCAGUUACCUCUAAAAGAAUAAGAUUCUAAAAAAUAAUGCCAUCAAACAAUAUUUCAAGGAGAAUCAAAACAGAUUAUUAAGAUGAUAAUUGUAUUUAAGAAGAAAAUGAUUAUAUUUCAGAAUACAAAAGCAUUAAAAAAUGA